AAAUUUUAGCCAAGAAGACCCUCUUUACGCAACCUCCGGGUCAGUCGCCGUCUGAGCGUCCAUCGAGGAAGACCAGAUUUUCGAGCUCCUUCACCCAAACAAAAUGUCUCUCAAAGUCCUCGUUGGCGUGAAGAGGGUGAUCGAUUAUGCCGUGAAGAUUCGUGUCCGCCCUGACAAGUUGGGUGUGGUGACUGAUGGCGUCAAGCACUCGAUGAACCCUUUUGACGAGAUUGCUAUUGAAGAAGCAGUCCGUCUGAAGGAGAAGAAGAUCGCCAAGGAGGUUAUUGCUGUCUCAUGUGGGCCUGCACAAGCACAGGAGACCAUCAGGACUGCCUUGGCUAUGGGAGCUGACCGUGGCAUUCACGUGGAAGUCCCAGCCAAGGAGAUGGAGAAGCUGGAGCCCCUCCAUGUGUCCAAGAUCUUGGCAAAGCUUGUGGAGAAGGAAGGAGGAGAUCUGCUGAUUGUAGGCAAGCAGGCCAUCGAUGACGACACCAAUGCCACAGCUCAGAUGACGGCGUCUCUCCUCAACUGGCCCCAGGCAACGUUUGCUUCUGAAAUAAAGAAAACAGAUGGUGAGUUGGAGGUGACUCGAGAAAUUGAUGGCGGGUUGGAGUCCAUCAAGGUGAAGCUCCCUGCCGUUGUUUCUGCUGAUUUGCGACUUAACGAACCUCGUUAUGCCACACUCCCUAACAUUAUGAAAGCCAAGAAGAAGAAGAUUCAAAAGAUGAAACCAGGCGACCUUAGUGUGGAUGUAACGCCUCACCUGGAAGUAGUUGAGGUGCUUGACCCCCCUGUGAGAGAGGCAGGAAUCAAGGUGGACGACGUAGAGGGCCUUGUGACCAAGCUCAAGGAAGCCGGACGCAUCUGAUGGGACUGUCAUUAUGAAAUCGGAAAUGGAAUAAGAUGUUGAUUGAAUUUAGGUGUUUGUAUUAACUGUGAGUGUGAGAAUGAGUCACUUAUCAAUGCAAUUUAACAUUUAAAGUUUCUUUAUACAUUCUCGGGAAACCACAAACUAACCAGAUGUAAUUUUUGUAGUGUACAUAAGAAAAUAUAUAUGAGGGUUUU